AUGACUAAUCCAAUCGCCAGCGUCAUCAUCGAUCGUUUCUCCGAUAUCUUAUCACAUUUCAAAAGCACCAAAUUCAUAUCGCUUAAAGUCGAAUACCCAAUCGGUUCAGCUCAGUUCAGCAGUCAAGCUCCGCGGCAGAACAGCUUUCCGGAGGCGUCAGCUGUCCCAACGCUAUCGAACGGGAAUCUGGGAUUCACCGUAUUCAGCGAUAGCGUCUUCCUGACCGGAGUGUACAAUCGAGGCGAGUUUACUGGCCUUGGACCGGAAACGCAUCGUGCACGCAUUCCCAAUUAUGCUAAUUUCCAACUAACACGCUGCAGCCGUCCGGAAACUAAUCCACCGGAUUGUAGCUACCAACUGGACAUCAAGACCGGCCGGUUCCGAACAGUCUACGAAGAUACCGAUCAGCAAUACCGCCUCAUUCACAGUGUCUAUCCGCAUCGGUACUUCAAUCAUGCCAUAGUAAAUCACUUCCGCAUCCAACGCCUCAACGGUCGAGGUGUGAUCCAAGCAACGAUACUGCGAAUCAUGGGAGUGCCAUCUCCAGAUAUCAGAUUUGAGCCGGCUCAGCGCGUGCUUAUUCGUGGCCAGACGUUCUUGUAUCAAUGUGGAUGGACUCAUGAGGUCGAAGAUCCGGAGCUUCAAGUUACGAGAACCGAAGUGUGCUUCUAUUAUCAAGAUUAUCCAACUAUGUUUGAACUACCAACGGACAGAACAAGUGAAGAGUUCAGUUACUUCACGGUUUAUGCCAAUAGUAGGGCAGAGGCCGAGGGAGAACUGAACUUCAUAACGAUGAGUAGCGUACAAAACAUUGAGCAAGCUCAGACUAACUUCAUGAACGGAAUGUGGGAUAAAUACGGGAUUACCGUUGACGGAAAUGACGAACUGGACCGAGCCAUCAAGGUCAGUGCCUUCCAACUGUUCAGCAAUGUUCCGAACAUGUUCACACCUAUUCGGGUGAAAACCUUCGGGAUAUCUCCAUCCGGAAUUGGACGAAACGAUUUCCUGGGACACGUAAUGUGGGAUUUUGACAUGUGGAUGUUCCCGAUCAUUCAACUUUUAGAUCCACUUGUUGCCCGAGAAAUGUUGGACUACAGAACCAAAACGAUUCGUAGGGCAUUGGCCGGAAACGCUGCCAUGAAUCAAUACGAAGGCUGGCAGUAUCCUUGGGCCUCGGCAGCCACUGGCCGCGAAGUUACGACAUCUCCGGAGGCAGCCGAGCUAAUGCAUCACAUCACAGCAGAUGUAACAUUCGUUAUUCGACAGUACCUGUACGCAACUGAUGAUUAUUCGUGGCUACAUGACGUGGAAAACUGUGAACUGUUGUAUGAAAGUGCUCGCUUUUGGAAGAACCGAACGGUGUACAACCCCUCCACAGAUAAGUUCGACAUUCCAUCGGUGACGGGUCCCGAUCAAAUGAAUCCGAACGUAACCAACAAUGUGUUCACCAACGUUGCUGCAGCUCACAACCUAUUUUUAGGCGAAUUUGGUGGAUGCAUGUGUAGCGAUCUUUGGCGGAGAGACUUAAACUUGAAGGAUUUAGUUCGAGUGGCGAAGAGUUUGCACUUGCUAUACGACGAACUUGAUGACUUCAAUCCCCAGUUUGAAGGAUUCAUCAAGGGACAACAAACCGGUCAAGCUGAUGCCGUGCUGCUUGGAUAUCCCUUGGACAUACCCAUGACUGAUUCAACGAAGCGACGUAACCUGGAGAUAUAUGGCUCUACCACCGUAGAAAACACUCCGCCAAUGACCUGGUCGAUGCAUACCAUCGGGUGGCUCGAGCUGAACGACCUGACCCGAGCAGCGGAAUAUCUUCACCGUAGUUAUCAACCGUACUUGCGAGCACCGUUCUACGUGUGGAACCAAAGUCCUACGGGCUCCCCUGGGGCUUCAAAUUAUGUCUCCGGAGCAGCUAGUUUUCUGCAUACCAUAAUCAACGGCUACGGUGGCAUCCGGUUGCGCAAUGAAGAACUCGUAUUGGAUAGGCCUCGUCUACCACCGGGCACUACCCGGCUUUAUAUUCCGCAAAUAAACUUCAACAGAUACAGCUUUGCGCUGGAGGUACGCCAGGAUGGAAGAUUUUCAAUUUUGCAGCAUGCAAUGCCAACGGCGCCACAGCUUAGGAUCAUAGCCGAUGGUCAGGAGUACAAACCUUGUGGUCCAGGACAGUCAUGCGUCGUUCACGGAUCGCACAACGCCAGCUUGAAAUUGGUUCGAAACUUUCAGCCGAGGUGCACGUUGAAACCGACUACGCUGAACAUGAAGCUGGCAGAUCAGAACGGCGGCGGCGUUGUCGCAAGGAUCAGUCCGAUGAUCUUCGUAACGGUCUUAGUGGCGGCCAUGCUUAAUAAACUGUUUUAA